CCAGGCACGAAGAGAGCCAGAUGAGGCGCCAUGCAUUCGGCGACCAGACCGUUCCGCACCCUAGCGGUGCUGAUGUUGAUCUCGGUGUCUGUGCUGGAGGGUGCAACGCAACCAGGAACGACCACCGAGGGACUGGACAUCUACAACGAAGACUGCGCUCCCGGCCCGCCCGGUAAACCUGGUCCACCUGGAGGUCCUGGGUAUUUCGGGCUGCCGGGGAGGAAGGGGGAUCCUGGGCUGCCUGGCCGACCUGGAAUUCCUGGCCAAAUUGGACCUCCCGGACCACGCGGCAGUCCUGGACCGGCACUGGAUGCUGCUUCAGCGGUGAAAUCUGCGGCGUGCAACCAGAGUGAAGACUUGCAGAAUCUGGAACAGAUUCUUUACGAGCUGCGAGUGCAACAAGAGAAGUCACUCCACCAGCUUCGUCUAACAUAUGAGAAGGUACUGCACCAGGUGAGGGCCGCCUUCAUAGGCUGCAAGUGCAGUUCCCAACGGCAUGUGCUCCCACCACAGUGAACUUGGUAGUUUGGAUUGCUGCCUGCACAUCCUGGAUGCAGCAACUCGAUGUGCACUGUCCUGUAGCCUUUCUUUGUAUGUCCAUUAUGUAUAUAGGGUAUUUGACUAUUAUAGGUACAAUAGAAAGGGACGAGUAGACAACAAUGAAACAAGGAAAUAAUCAUAAUAAAUAAAGAUCGAGAUACCAAUGGGUUUCUCAGUACGAUGUAUGUACAGGCUGUCAUGCUAAUGUUACAGCACUGUUAACAUUCAAGGCUACGUUUAUUACGAAACACCGCAAAUGCGGCGUAAAUUACAAAGUUAUUAUCUGCCCUCGUUUGAUUUUAUCAUCAGUCCAGAUACCGAAGAACUGGUAAAUAGCGUUUCAACGACAAAUGUAUUGGUAGUGGUUUGGCAACAUAUUUGACCUUCAUGGUCACCUGACUUGAAUCGGUUGAAUAUUUUUCUGGGGGAAUAUUUAUAAGCUUCGGUUUUUUGCAGCCCUGUAGACGGUGGUGAUGUAUUGCCAGAGCGUCUUGUGGUUGGUUGUCAGUGCACUCGGAAAACGACUGGGAUCUUUGGAUGCGUACAGGCUGUGAUGGGGAGACUUGUUGAGGCCUGCCUUCAAAAGGACGGUGGCCACGAGGAGAAUUUGUUGUAAAGUGGAGGUUAUUAUUUGCAAAUUUGUAGUUUUGCUCUGGUUCAAGUACUCAGUUGUAAUACAUCUUAUAGGGAACUGGUUGAUUUCCAGACCUAUGCUUACUUUGACUAUUUGCAUAUUUUACUACCCUUUACUUGCGCCUUUCGUUUGUAUCUAUAACACUAGCUAAAUACCCAAUUUUUUUCGCUUACUUAUUGACCCCAGUCUUGUAUUAAAUAAGAAGAGGAGUAAAAUCAGUUCAUAAUGUAAAGUCACAUUUGUUAUAUAAAUAAAACUCCUUUUCUUGCGGUAGAAUUGGUGUUUAAUUUCCCAGAUGUGUUCCGACUUUUAAACUGAAGAUUUCAAUGGAUGCUCUGUAAUAAUGUAAUUAUUGAUUUAAUAAAAUUUCACAUCCUAUUUGUCGUAAAACUAAAUCAUACUUAAGUUAAUUUUUGCCUGUUCUGACAAUAACUUUGCUUCCUGUGGGUUUUAUUUGUAAUUUGAUAUUUAAUAGUGGUAUAAAUCAUUUUGUCACAAGCUAAUAAACAAUUUUAUUUCUGUUUGAUAA